UAUAAGGAUAUUAAUGUCAUUUUACAAGAACAAGGGCAAUUUGGAAAAUAAAUUAUAAAAGGGGGUCCAAUUUGAAAAAGGUCCUCCAUCUUUCAUUCCCUCUCCCUCCACUCUUCUUUCUCGGAAAUCCAAAGAAAUAAAAAAGCUCGCUUUGAUCGCCAUCACCAUCCUUCUCCUUUGAAUCACACGCGAAAUCCCUAGAAAUUGGGGGCAAAAUCUGGUUAACUCUAGUAUUGGAGAUCACCGAGGUCCCCAUUGAUGGGAUUCCAGCAGCACCAGGGGAACGACGUGGUCUCGCAGAACCCCAGGUUACCUGCCUCCGUGACCCGCCGCACUCAUUCGUUCAAGCGUGGCUCCGGAGAGGUUGAGCUCCAGAUCGGGUCGCCGAAGUCCACUGGACCUAGUCCAAGCGAUAGCCCGAAUUCCGAGGCGGCGGGAUCGCCGCCGACCACGCCAGGGCGGUGGCAGGGUCACCACCAGCAUCAGAACCUCCGGUCGAGGCUCGGAACCUCGCUUCUUGAUAGGGAGUUGUUCAAUAAGCACUCCGAGGUGGUGGUAUUAGGUUUUCGUGGGAGGAAGAGGAUCGGCAAUCUUGUUUUUCUUGUGUUCUGUGGGAUUUGUUUGUUGCUUGGAAUUUUGAAGAUUUGGGAUGGGGGAUUUCGGUUGGGAAUGCUUGAAAGAGGUGGGCGUUAUGAGGAUUUACAGGAGUCUGUCAUCACUGACCAUGCAGUCGUGUUCUCCCAUAACCAUAUUUACCGGGAAGGAAGUGAUGGUGAAAGAACUCUGAUGACUAUAUCAGUCAGCUCAGGUGUAAACCAGAAAAGCAUAGAUGAGAACUCAGGUAUAUGGGCAAAACCUAACAGUGAAAAUUACACCCAAUGUAUCGGUCAUCCUAAUCUUCGGAAAAAACCUGAUAUGAAGACUAAUGGCUAUAUCCUUAUAAAUGCAAAUGGUGGUUUAAAUCAGAUGCGCUUUGGGAUUUGUGAUAUGGCUGCUAUUGCUAAAAUCAUGAAAGCCACGCUUGUUCUCCCUUCACUUGAUCAUACAUCCUACUGGGCAGAUGAAAGCGGCUUCAAAGAUCUUUUUGAUUGGGAACAUUUCAUCAAGACAUUAAAGGAUGAGGUUGCAAUUGUUGAAACCUUGCCAGAUGCUUAUGCCAAUAUUGAACCUUUUUCAAAAACCCCAAUAUCUUGGUCAAAGGUCAAUUAUUAUAAAUCAGAUGUUCUUCCUCUGCUGAAACAGCACAAAGUUAUAUACUUCACUCAUACUGAUUCUCGACUUGCAAACAAUGGGCUUCCCAACUCAAUCCAGAAGCUGAGGUGCCGGGUGAACUACAGGGCUCUAAAAUACUCUGCUCCAAUUGAAGAACUUGGAUCUAUUUUAGUUUCUAGGAUGCGGGAAGGUGGAAGUCCUUAUAUUGCCCUUCAUCUACGAUAUGAGAAAGACAUGCUAGCAUUUACGGGGUGUAGUCAUAAUUUGACGUCUGAAGAGGGAGAGGAGCUGCGACGGAUGCGUUAUGAGGUGAGCCAUUGGAAAGAGAAGGAGAUCGAUGGUUCUGAGAGACGUAAGCUUGGGGGCUGCCCUCUGACCCCAAGGGAAACUUCUCUUCUGCUUAAAGGACUAGGGUUUCCAUCCAGCGCCCGAAUUUACUUGGUUGCUGGUGAAGCCUAUGGAAAUGGCAGCAUGCAAUAUUUGCUGAAUGACUUCCCUAACAUCUAUUCCCAUUCAACUCUAGCUACAGACGAAGAACUUAGUCCUUUUAAGAAUCACCAGAACAUGCUUGCUGGUUUGGACUAUGUUGUCGCUCUUCAGAGCAAUGUUUUUGUUUACACAUAUGAUGGAAAUAUGGCAAAAGCAGUGCAGGGUCAUAGGCGCUUUGAGAACUUCAGGAAAACCAUCAGUCCUGACAAAUUGAACUUUGUAAAACUUGUUGAUGAGUUUGAUGAAGGGAAGUUAUCUUGGAAGAAAUUCAGUUUGAAAGUGCAAAAGCUACACAAGGACAGGGCAGGAGCUCCUUAUAUUAGAGAACCUGGAGAAUUUCCAAAACUGGAAGAGAGUUUCUAUGCUAAUCCUCUACCAGGUUGCAUAUGUGAAGCAAGGGAAGGAAGUUGAAGACUUUGUUCCUGGCUAUCGUUUCUUAUUUGCAUGUUUGUGUACAAUAUUCAAUUUCUGAGCUGGCUGGACAUGCAGCUGUUGAAGGUCAUUGUCUAACCACACGCAUAAGUUUACAUCAUUCAUUGAAUAAAGCUUUGUGAAGGCAUCGGUUCGACAUGGUUGCAGGCAAGUUCACUAGAUUGAGGAGAAUCCUCACCCGCUCUGCAGAUGAACAGAAUAUCCGAUGAUUCAGGCUCCUUCCCGGUAGGCAUAUUGUUUCAGGUCUUAUCAAACUGCUAGGAGAAAAAAAUGAAAGCACUCAAACCAUUUGAUCAAGGUUAGUGUGGAUUCUUUAUCUCCAUUUUGGGCAUUUUGAUCGUUGUCUGUGCUGAUUUUGUUGUGAACUUGUAACGUAGCAUCUCAAACUUGUUUCUAGUAUAGGUAGCAGGUCAUACAUAAUACACAGUAUAUCUAGU